AGAGUGUGAUGUCAACAAGAUUAACUAUAUGUAUGCCCAGUAUGUCAAGAACACUAUGGAGCCAUUGAACAUUGCAGAUGUCACCAAAGACCAGCGAUUUCCAUGGACAAGUGAAAAUCUACAACCCUCAAACUGUCAAAUCAAAAGUCUACUGUGCACUCCAAUAAGGAAUGGGAAGAAGGACAAAGUGAUAGGUGUCUGCCAGUUGGUCAAUAAGAUGGAUGAAGCUUCAGGGGAAGUAAAAGCCUUUAAUAGGAACGAUGAGCAGUUUCUAGAGGCCUUUGCUAUCUUUUGUGGGCUGGGAAUCCAGAACACACAGAUGUACGAAGCAGUGGAAAGAGCAAUGGCCAAGCAAGAGGUCACACUUGAGGUCCUCUCUUAUCAUGCCUCGGCUGCAGAGGAAGAGACGCGGGCGCUCCAGGCGGCUACGAUUCCCUCUGCUCAGUCUCUCAAACUGCUGGACUUCAGCUUCAGUGAUUUUGACCUGACGGAUGCUGAGACGACACAAGCAACCAUCCGCAUAUUUGUGGACCUCAAUCUUGUGCAGAAUUUUCAGAUGAAGUACAAGAGUUUGUGUCAGUGGAUCUUAAGUGUAAAGAAGAACUACAGGAAGAAUGUGGUCUACCACAACUGGCGACAUGCCUUCAACACCUCCCAGUCCAUGUUUGCUGUGCUGAAGUCUGGUCGGUUUCAGAGUAAUCUGAGUGAUUUGGAGGUUUUAGCUUUAAUGAUUGCAACAUUGAGCCAUGAUUUGGACCACCGAGGUGUCAACAACUCCUACAUCAAAAGAAGUGAGCAUCCACUGGCCCAGCUGUACUGCCACUCCACAAUGGAGCACCACCAUUUUGACCAGUGUCUUAUGAUUCUCAACAGUCCAGGUAAUCAGAUUCUGAGCGGUCUUUCUCUGGACGAGUACAAGGCGACACUGAAGAUGAUUGAGAAGGCUAUUUUGGCCACUGACCUGGCUCUCUACAUGAAGAAAAGAACAGAAUUCUUUGAGCUGGCUAAGAACAGUCAGUUUGUAUGGGAGGACGGAUAUCACAGAGAUCUGCUAAGGUCGAUGCUGAUGACAGCAUGUGAUAUCUCUGCAAUUGCAAAACCCUGGCCAGUACAGAAGAAGAUAGCAGAACUGGUUGCCACAGAGUUCUUUGAACAAGGUGAUAAGGAGCGGAGAGAGCUAAACAUUGAACCUAUUGAUCUGAUGAACAGGGAGAAGCAGGAUAAAAUUCCCAGCAUGCAAGUGUCUUUCAUUGAUGCCAUUUGUACACAGUUAUAUGAGGCACUGACGGGUGUCUCAGAGUACUGCUCCCCCCUGCUGGAGGGAUGUAGGAAGAACAGACAGAAUUGGAAGCUGCUCGCUGAGCAAGGAGAGGAAGCUUUGCUAAAUGGAGGACUGUAACAUUUCUUUUGGCAUGCAGACGUCCUAGGACAUCAUUCCCUGCCCAUUUCCCAGAGACUAAAGGAUUACAAGACCCUGGUUUGAUGAUAUUCACAUGACUGCUCUGGCCAUUUCACACAGCACACUGGAGCAGGUUUAAAAGUGCAAGGUUGGAUUAUAGAUGCAUCAGAAUAAAGUCAAUUUUUGAGCUGUGUAUAGCUGUGCUAUAAAAGACUUGAUGAAGGAAAGACGGAUUGAUGGAUCUUUUCCUGUGCAGGUAAUCCAGCUGAUGAAGAAAUGCUUUAAAACUGUGAUUAAAUUAUCUUGACUCAUUAAAGGAAUGUUCCAGGUUCAAUACAAGUUCUGUCCAAAGCAUUUGUGACAUGCUGUUAACAAAGACAAUAAUUUCAACUCGUCUUUUAAUUUGUAAAAACAAACAAAAAUGACAUUUACCGUAACACAAACACACACACAAUAGAAUUUUAAGAGGUAAGAUUCCUAAGUCAGAAGUGUACAAGUUGUAUUUUUGUAAGUAAUUGUAAAGUUGUAAAAAGUUGUCUAAAUAAUAAAUCACCCUUUUAGCAGUGGAACUACUGUUCUAGACAGAUUCAUUUCUGCAUUUCUAGUGUAAUUCCUGUGGGUGGAGUUGCUCCAUGCAAACAGUACUUCGCAGAUAAUUACAAUAGUUAAAACUUUCUGAUUUCUGGUAACCAUAAGCAUGGCUGGAGUUGAGAUAUUAGGUAUAAUUUUACGCAGAUAAGCUUAGCUAGCAGUUCUAGCACGUUAGAUUUAUGUGUACCAUGUAAUGUUUAUUUUUUAGCUAUUCUUUUGAAAAGCAUGUAUUCUAACAUUUAUACUAGUGCAGUGCCUUCCUUCACAGAUUUCCUAAUUCCAAUUUACCUGGUUUACUCUUAAGUUUUACUCUUUCUUGUUUUUAUAACAUUUCACAAUUAUUUCACAUGGUAAUCAACAGCAAAUCAACUUGGAUUGAGCCCAGAACAUUCCUUAUUUAUUCUUGUAGUUAUUUUUUGUGCAGCUCACUCACUGAAUUACUGAAAUACGCACAUAUACAAAAUCUUAUUUUGCUAUAUUGCAAUGCUAAAGUAAGCUGGCAUAAAAUGAACACAUCAAACACAAAGUCAUUUUUCACUGUAUAACAACUUCCCAUGUCACUUUGUAUUACACCAUUAUACCAUGCUGUAGAUUUUUUUUUUCACCUACAUUGCAUAUAAAUAAAUCAAUAGCCUGUGAUAUGUGAACUUAUUUUUGGAAUGUGAUGGAAAUAAGAUGUCUGUAGAAAUGUAAAGUUCAGUGCAACCACUGUGUGCCCAUUUGGCAUGUUCAAAAAGAAACCUGUU